CUGACGGUCCAACCUCAAACAAAAGCACGGAUCGUUUUGCAUUUUUAGAUUCCUUGCAUUUUCCUUAUAGAAGCAGAUUUUAAGAGUUAUUCUUUAAAUUAAGAUCUAGAGACAUGGGCAACUGGAAAUUAGAGGUUGGACGGAUGGCUAUGUACACAUCUUUUCCGGUAGGACUGUUCUUUUAUUUCAAUCAGCCAACUUAUUUUGAAGAGUGGGUAACUAACACUAAGCGCCAAAUAUUUCCACCGGAGAACAUGAAAGAUAGAGAAGCUAUACAGCAGCUCAUCAAAGACAUGAGAAAAAAGCAAAUUGAAGCCCUCGAUAAAGAAUGAGUGUCAAGUGAUGUGUUUCAUGAGUAGUUACAUUCGAAUGUUGGACGACAUGUACAUAAACUGUCUAUUUUAUUAUGUUAAUUUGUAAUGGUUAGUAUUUUCCUAAUUAAAUGUAAUUUUUCAUAGGAAAAA